GCCGUUGCCGUAGAGGCACGAGAAGCAGGGCUCGCCGUCGCAGCCCAGGUCCAUGAGGAACUUGAGCAGCGACAGGUCGUUGCGGGAAACAGACUCGUGCAGAGCCGUCCAGCCUCGGUUGCAGCGGUGGUUGGUGUCUGCGUUGUGCUGCACGAGAAUCCUCACCGCCUCCACGUUCUUGCGCUCACAGGCUGCGUCCGGGAAGAAUCGAGAUGGUCAGCAGGACCCUGGCAGGAGCUGGCCAGCCAAGACCCCAUUCGUGUAUCUGUCCAUUCACUCAUUCAUCCAUCAGCCGUUCAUUCCACAAACACCCAUUGGCAUCAGGGUGCAGAUGCCGGUUAAGCUACAGACCCAGCAAGGACGACGGGAAACUGACGAGAUGAGCCCUGACGUCCCCAUCAACACCAUCUCCGCCAGCUUGACGAGUUCCACUGAGGAGCGGCCAGAGCAGCCCCUGUCGGCAUCAGGAAAAGCCCCAGUGGGAUAAGGAAAGCGAGGCUCAAAGAGGUUUGGUCCCUCUAGUCCGCUUGAGGAACAACUAUUCAUCCUGCAAAGCCCACCUCCUUGACUACAUGAAUUGACCCUUUCUGUGUCCCUCUGAAACUGAGCAAGCCCCACUGCUGCACUCUCCCUGCGGGGUCAUCGUGUACUUCUGCGCAUUCACCUCAUUAGACUUCGGGCUUAGGGAGUGCAGGGCCCAGGCCCGAUUCAUGUCCAGGUGCUGGGAAGCCACCUGGCACAUCCUAAGUGCACAGCAGUGUGGGUGGCUGGAUUUGAGUUGUUUGCCGCUGUGCACACAUCAGCCCAGGAAAGUUCUUGCUUCAUGUUUUCCUCCUCUGUCUUCUUAGAAAUGUAACCUUAAAUAAAAUGCAGAAGUUUGAAGACUGUGAAGACCCAGCUUCCUGCACUCGCGCUGGAUGGCCCAUCCGUGGGAACCCUGGGCUCCCCGUGUCAUGGGUGCAUGGACCCCACUUCUCCAUGGGACAGGAACUAGGUCUGCCUCUUGGGGAACUCUCAGGAGGCCAAAGCCUGGCCAAUGAUCCUCGUGCAUGUUUCACAUUGUGGUGGGAGAGAAACGAAUGGGGAAAUGGCUUUAAAAAAAAUUACAGUUUGUUGGAUGCUGAUCUUGCUUUCAUUUCUAGGAUCCCAAAGACUCCUUUGACUGAUAUUAGUCACAGAUGAUAAUGAUACAUUACAUUGCUCAAAGUGCAUUUAUCGACCUAAGAACACUUAUUAGGCACCUACAUCAAUCCAGGCUCUUAGCUGGGCACUCAGGAUUAAAAAAAAAAUGAACAUUAGCUCCCUGUCCCUAAAGAGGUCACAAUGAGGUUGGGGACCCUCUCUGGAGGCCUCCCCAGGGUGACCCAGAAGUUUGUCUAUGAAACGGGGGCAGUGUGAGGUUGGUGCGGGGAAGUCAGUCUGGGCGGGGAGUCACCAAGGCUGCAGGAUGUGGGGGAGCUCCGACGCUCACCUCAUCUUGUUUGCGUUCGCAAGAAUACCACAAGGUGAGCACAGCAAGCUUUCCUUGUUGCCAUUUCGUGAGUGAGGCCACUGAGGCUCAGAAUGGGCAAGUAACUUGCCUAAAGUUGCACAGCCAGUAAGCCACAGAGGGAGAAUUCGAAUCUCCAAACCCACUGCUCUUUUCACUCUGCUGCCUCCUUUCACUCGCUCACAGCUAUCAGGUGCUUUGGCGCAGGGCGGGCACUGGGCUUCCCAGGCGAGAAGGACCGAGGCCCCUGCCUUCACGGCGCUUACAAGUUAAUGGCAGAAACAGGCAGAUACGUAAGAAUUGUCAGGCCUAGUUAGGGCCAGGAAGGAAACAGGCUAGAGAGGAGGAGGGGCAGACAACUGAACCUGGGAGGGUGGUCGGGUCAGGGCUUGCUCAGGAGGUGACAUGUAAUCUGAGACUCGAAGAAUGAGAAGGAUCUCGACAUGCGGAGCCCCUGGGGAUGUGUGUGGCAUCCUGUUCUAUUUGGAUGGAAACUGUGAUAUUCGGGGAUUAAAGUGAACCAGAAAUCUUGGGUCCUGCCCUCACUGUAGCACCGUGCCUGGGUGUGUGAGCACAAGUGCGUGCGUGCGUGUCGUGUGUGGGUGGGAGGCCGAUGCAAUUAGGCCCAAACCCCACUUCCAGGCGGGGGAGGGGAGGAAACAGAAAGAGGCCCUCACAGCGCCAGCAGCGCCUGGCGAAGUGUCUGUCUGCACUUGGGGCCGGGGCAGACUGUGGUUCAGUUCCUGGCCAUGCUGUGCACAGGUUAUGUCAUCUGCAAAAUGGGCCCUGAAAUGCCCACUCUGGGUGGCUGUUGCAGGCAUUAAGUGAAUGAAUGUGUGCCAGGCACGUGGGCCGUGCCUUUAGGGGAGGAGGAGGAGGAGGAUCGUGUUAAACAUCACAUCAAAGGGCUUCUUCGU